AUCCUUUUUCCAUGUAUGAAUCUGUUAUUCAAUGUGUGUCUAUGGGAUAAUAGCAGUAUAUUUCAUCCCAAAAAACGUUUCAAUCUAUGUUUUAUUCCUACGGGAUCGUAAAUCUAAUGGCUAAAUAAUCCUUGUUAUUACCAAAUAAUUAAAUAUGUUAGAUAAGUAGAAACCCAGCCCCGGGCCCUUAGACUCCAGGGGGUUAACUGACUUGCCUAGUUAAAUAAAGGUUAAAUAAAAAAAUGUAAUGCUUGGUGGGGUUGUGCAACGCAAAUGACUAUUACAAGCCUACAUACAGAGUGGAAUUCACAAAUACAAUAGGGAAAAAAAUCUUAAUAUAAGGCCUACAGUCCGUGCUCCCAAAUACUGGAAAAGGUGUGAUUCAUUAGGUUACAUAAUCACCACAUUAACCCCACGCUGCUAUAAACAUAAAUUAUGCAAUUAUAUGGCCAUUAGAUAACACACCGAAUGGCAUAUUUAUAUAGUGGAAUAAGCCUAAAUCAUAUUUACUUUCUAUUUUGCAGCUCAAGCGGUUAUUCUAUCCAAUUUUCUUCUGUCUUUAUAGCAUCAUUCUCACAUAAGUAAUUUGCUGAAGGCCCAAGCCAAUACUACGCCAUCUACUGGUAUAACGUCGAUAUCGAAUGCCGUUGUAAAACGAGCUCUGGACUUUUCUUUUGGAAAUGAAACCUAAAGUUGCAAAGCAACUAACGUAGCCUAGAGUUGCUUGAGUGGCUAGCUAACUUCGACUAGCUACUUUCGGUUCAUGUCCUUUGCAGAUGCCACAUUCCUGACUAUAAAAAGAUCUAUAACCGAGUAAAGGGAGAUGUAAAUCCAGGAGAGGGUACUUCAGAAACCUAAUCAUGUGUUGGAGAUGCCUGGAGGUCCUCUCUUCCUCACUCUGAGAGGCAGCCAGGAGCCUCCACCCACAACAACCUCCCCAGUCAGCAGUCAGAGUCACCACUCCCUCCCGGUCGAGACAUCUCCACCUGGUGGUCAAGAACAUGUACUCCAUCGUCUGAGCACAGGGAAGCAGGAGAAGAUCAGCACCACCUGUCAUCUGGGACAGGUCCAGCUCCUUCUUCUAGGUGAAGUGAUAGAGAAGGAUCUCGGGGAGAUGGUUCCAGGGGUGAGGGUGACGCGCCUUGACUCAGCUCAGCUGGUCCUGCAUGGCUACGCAAAUGAAGUCCAGACAGCCAGUCAGUUGGUUACGGAUAAGAUCUCUUUGGUGCUGGAGCGGGUGGUGCCUGACGUGUCCCUCCACCUCCUGUCCUUCCUGAGGGAUGAGUAUGGGAGGCCUGGGAACCUGAGCAGUCUCCUGGGGUUGGGACUCCAUGUGGAGGUAGAGCUGGGGGAUACAGAGCUCUGUCUGUUCUCCCUCUCCUCUGGGAAACUGGAGCAGGCUGAGAAGGAUCUGCUGGGGGAGUUUGGGGAGGAGAAGAUUGACGUGCCCAACGAUGCCCUUCUGGCUGAACUGAAAUCUAAAUUUGUGACGAAGGUGAAGGAGAUGAACCAGAGCAGAUGCAGGGUGGUGGCCAGGUAUGGUCCUGGGUGUAGAGUGCUGCUGCUGGGCCACAUGAAGGAGGUUCAGGAGCUGAGGGAGGAGAUUGGGGUCUUUCUGAUGGGCAGGUCCAGUGUAAGAGUCGUGAGACACCAUCAACAGAAUCAGGAUGGCGUAGUCAGUGAAGCAGGAACCGGAUCUAUACAGGAGGAGAUGGUCGCAGCCACCAGCUAUCGCCUCCGUCUGGGACUGCAGGUAGUUGUUUGUCAAGGUGACAUCACCAAGGAACAGGCGGAUGUGCUGGUGAACGCAGCCAAUGAGGACCUGGAUCAUGCUGAGGGUGUGGCUGCAGCUCUGAGCCGGGCGGGGGGGCCUGAGGUACAGCGGGCCAGCAGGGAUCUGGUUAGGCAGAUAGGGAGAGUGCCCACAGGUACAGUGGUAGAGACUACAGGAGGGAAGUUGCCUUGUAAGAUGCUGCUGCAUGCAGUGGGACCAGUAGGGGGCAGCGUAGGUAGGAAUGAGCGCCCUCUGCUGGAGAAGACAGUAAAGGCAGUCCUGGAUCUGGCAGAGACCAUGGAACUCCAGACCCUGGCCAUGCCCUGCAUCAGCUCGGGGAUAUUGGGCGUUCCUCUGAAGGUGUGUUCUGAGGCCAUAGUCUCUGCAGUGAGGGACUUUGGGAGGAAACAGCACAUCCUUACCAAGGUCACUCUGAUUGAUGUGAGUGGAGAGGCAGUGAAAGCCAUGCAGGAGGCCUGUGAUAGGCUGUUACAGGGGAAGAGGGAGUUUCCUGGGUGGGAUGUAGAGUCCAGCACCACCACUACCACUACACAUGCUCCUCAGAGAGACACCACUGCUGCCUCCACCAGGGGACCAGCUGCUCCAGAGGUCUGUGUCCAGGUGGAGAUCAUCCAGGGAACCAUAGAGAAACAGGAGGUGGAUGCCCUGGUGUCCCCCAUGCUUGGCAGUGACCCUCUCUCUUCCCGUGUUGGUAAUGCGUUGUUGGAGGCAGCUGGACCAGGGCUGAUGAAAGCGUUUGCGAGGAAAUCAGGGGGACGGACUGCACCUGGUAACAACGUCCUGGUGGAGGGACUGUCUGGUCUCAGCUCUGGCCGUGUCUUCUUUCUCAGCUGUGCACACUGGGACAACAACCCCCAAGGACCAGCAGUACAGGCUCUGAGGCAGGGUGUGAGGAAAAUUUUGACCUCUUGUGAGAACCGGGGCUUCCGUUCCGUUGCCUUCCCUUUAGUUGGAACUGGUGUGGUUCUCCAGUUCCCUGACAAUGUGGUAACACAGGUUCUGCUAGAAGAGAUCCGUACGUAUGAGCAGAACCGAGCGAGCAGAACCCCCUUCCUUGUCCGCAUCAUUGUCCAUCCAAAUGACAGAGAUUCUACCAAGGCUUUUCAGACUGCCCAGAAUGCUUUGCAUCUCAGAGGGUUCGUAUUAGGCACUCGGCCAGAGCAAGACAUCAGGAUUGUGCUGCUGGGGAAAACCGGAGGAGGUAAAAGCAGUGCUGGAAACACCAUCUUCGGGCAAGAUGAUGUGUUCCUCUCAGACAGUUCCUCCACCUCCUCAACACAGAAAUGUAAAGCUCAUACCGAGAACAUCAAAGGGAGAAACAUCACCCUGAUUGACACACCUGGAUUCUUUGACACUGACAUCCCUGAAGAGGAGCUGAAACCUAAAAUAGUUAAAUGUAUAACAGAGUGUGCUCCAGGGCCGCAUGCCUUUCUCAUUGUACUGAAAGUUGAACGGUACACAGUCCACGAGAACGAAGCUGUAGCGAAAAUCGAGACAUAUUUUUCCCCAGAGGCCUUCAAAUAUGCUACAGUCCUCUUCACUCAUGGUGACCAGCUCAAUGGUUUGACCAUUGAGAAGUUUGUCCAACAGAAUGAUGAACUGAACAAGCUUGUGGAGAAAUGUGGAGGCCGCUGUCACGUCAUCGACAACAAAUACUGGAACACCAAUCAGCAGGGUCAGUACAGCAACCAGUACCAAGUAGCAGAGUUACUCAACACCAUAGAGAAGAUGGUGAGAGAUAACGGAGGAGGGUUCUACACCAACGAGAUGCUCCAAGAGGCAGAGAGAUUAAUACAAGCAGAGAUAGAGAGUCUUCGGAAGGAGUUAAAAGGCCAGAUGUCAGAGGAAGAGAUGAGAAAACAAGCCAAGAAAAGAGCGAGGAAGAAACUCCUGAUCAAAUGGUCAGGGAUAGCAACAGGUGCAGUGGUAGGAGCUCUACUUGGGGUGGCACUGGUGAUAAUGAUUCCACUCUCACUCGCUACACAACCAUUGAUCAAUUUAGUCAAAGGUCAUAUAGCAGCUUCAAUGACAAUAGGGCCAGCGGCUGUGGCGGAGGUAGCAGGACCAGUACUAGAGUCAGGGGUGGGAGUGGGUUCAGGGAUAGGUGCAGGGGUAGGCAUAGCUGCAGGAGUUGUCGUUGGGAUGGCAGCAGCAGCAGGAGGAGUAAGAGGAGGAAUAGUAGGAGCUACUGCAGCAGAGGAGGCAGAGACAGUACAGGAGGCAGCAGAGGAAGCAGCCAAUGCUGUCUUCGAGGAUGCUAAGGGUCUUUAUCACAAAGCAGAAAACAUUUUCACACGUUUCAGUAAAUCUAAAUAGAUGAUAUAUCCCUGAAACCAUUGAUUGAUGGCAACAUGUGUCUCAACAUCUGACUAAUAACUAUGUAGACACCAGUCAGUUCUACCACUGUAGAAUAGCUGCUUGUCAAAAUGUUUAAAAAUAUAUAUAUUUUGCAUUUUUAUAGUUUCGUAAAAAUCAAGGGAUAUAUAUUGCAAAUAGUAAUGUGGCCAUGCUGAAAAUGUUCCAGCUGGUUAUUGACAUUCAAAAGGCUGAUUUUUAUAGUUCGAGGAAUAUAAUUGAACUUAAUAUGAUUUUUUUUCCAUGUCGGAUCGUGUUCGCAUAUGAAGUGGCUAUAUGUUGGGAGUAAAAAUGAAAAUGUCAAACAAUACCUAUAGAGUUAUAUGGUUAGAACCUUAGAAUGUCUUAGAAAUCAAAACGUAUAUGGGCUGCAUGAUGCAACUAUAGGCAAUUGAUGAUUUUAGAAAGUCGCAAAAAAACUUGCCGCUUUGUUCCUUGCCUGAUCACAUUUUCUCCCAUCAGACUAAUCUCAGUUUAAUCUGUCUUUACCCAAAUGUAAAAUUACUUUAGAUUUAGAAUAGCUCUUUAUCAAUUGGGCAGGAACAGGGCAGGGGGGAAAUAAAUGUAAUCUGUAUGCACUCGAAUAGCGAAUGGGGGCCACUUCCUGCUAUUCCGGUUAUUUCACUCCACACAACAACCACUGUUUGAGUGGCAUGCAGCCUCUUUCUGCACGACAGGUGAUAUUCUGCCCAAACUCUGAAUACUAGUGGUGAGAUAUUCUGUAGCUCAUCGUAAUGCGUAAGCCUAUUAAUUAUGAAGAAAGAGGGAAAAACGAUUACUGGGAUAUUCCCUUUAAUUGUUGGCUAACUCUGAAUUUGAAUAGGAUAGACCAGUUAUGUACAUCUGUUUUAAAAUGCUACAUAAUAUGUGGUAGGCUAUGUAUAACAGCACAAUCAUUAUUUUAAUUCACUUUUUUUCAGGCUUGGGCUCAGAUAUAGGCUUAUAUGUAUGCAUAAGCUCUAAUAGCAUAAGGUUGUUUAAUUAGUCAUCACCUUAGAUAGCGCUGUCCAUUUCAUUGUGUUAGGCUUUGAAACAACAUCCAUGUUUUCCAUUCAGUUUCAACCUGUCAUUUAACUUCUUUCUUCAAAGUGAUCAAUCACAGUGAGAUGAGUUUUAAAAGCUGUGGGAUUCUGUGUUUUACAUUAUAGCCAUUACCAUAUAUAUGAUUAAAUAUUAUCUGAUGUUGGCUGUGUGAGGUAUCUGCAUUUGUGCACUUGAGCAUCAUCAUGAGAUUAAACAACUGCUUGCUACA